AAUUCCUGUUGGGUAGGAGGGAUGAAAGUAAGGCUCGGUCGUCGCGUCGCUCCCAGUUGAUUUUUUUCAAAGUCGUCGGGAAAACGAAUCUGCAAAACCAAUGAAUUAAAAACUUGUUUCAGGGCCUCACUUAUUCUUCUAACAGCUAGCAACGCACACCCCUGCCUCUGAUGGGCAGCUUUUAAUACCUUCUCUGGGCCUAGACACAAGCUCUAUUUUUGGUCCAGCCUAAACCAUUGGUGAUUGAGUACAGCCUGCAAAAAUACACAUCAAAUCAAAGUCAAACACCUUACUCUUGCACUUGCUACGGUAGUAGACGUUUUGUUUUUUUGGCAGCGCAACAUUAUCGUCCAAAAUCCUUGAAAAUAACUACCGAGUUUGUUUUGACUAGAAUUGCCCACGAGCCUCCGCAGGCGCGUGACGACGAGAAAACCCUUUUCAUUUCAAUUUGUUCCAUGUCAGUUGCUAUUCGCGUGACUUGCCAGAAAUGUGGCGAGUUGGAGCAAGUCAAAUUGGGUGCCUGGGAAGCGGCCAGUAACUUCAUGAUCGGCAAGUAUCAAGUGCAAAUAUCAUGUCGGGGUCUGGAGGGUUGCAACUUGUGAUGCGCAUUUCAGAUCACAGGAAAAUUUGUCUUGCAAAAAGAAAAACAGGAACAGCAAGUAAUGUGUAUCUUUGAUCAUCAUGCACAUGCUGAGAGCGCAUUUCUCAUGCGGAGUAGGCAUCAUGGAGCUCUCGAAGAACCUGCGAUGCUGGUCCCUGCAUGCCACUCUACUGCGUCAUGCAAAAACUGCAUUACAAACUACAUCUGCAGUCUUCCAGACCCAGACAUAUUUGCAAUGCAUAGCAAGUGCCACAACGCGAUUCCGGAUAGCCACGCCAAGAUGCGAAAUUUGCUGGACACGCGACUCUGCGUAUGACAGUGCACAAUUCCCCGUCCCACUCGUGAUUUGUCAUGCAAAAUGCCAAAUCCAAGCGCUGUCGUAUGGUGCUGCUUGCAUGACAGAUUCCGGAGGCCCAAACAGUACUACAUUACGCGCAUGAACUUGUCAUGCACAGGCUCCACAUGUGCGGGUGUUUGUAUUGCUGUUCAUGCAAUACAAAUGAGGAGGAGGGGGAGUAGUUGUGCACAGUCAUACCGCGGCUACAACACCUACAACGACACGCGGUGCGAAGAGUUGGCGGCGGUGGACUACGGAAAGGCAAAGAAGGGGUGCAAGGGACUGAUAAAUGUGGAGUUCACGGGGUUAACACAGUAAUGGAUGACAAGAAGAAGAACAAUAAAACGUCGACGUUCCAAGAAACCUCGGUGUCAGCGGAGGAAUGCUUCUGCAGUUGUACAUCACGCAGCCGCAGGACGACGAGAAAGAUGAGUGCUUAGAAGUCUCACCAGCGACCACGAAUGACACACUUUAGACGGGCAGAAAAGUAGAAUCGACUUACGGUUACCGCCGUGUGUCCUCGUCAUCAUCCCUUGCACAGAAAGAGAAACGAUGAACAAAGGUGUCCAAAUAAAAUGCACGACGUGUUUGAAUAGCCUGUACCAAUUAUUGUUGCUUUUAGAAAGUUGAAGAUACUCCCCAUGAUGGCAAGGUGCUUUGAGAAGUUGUCCACGGGCUUCAUUUGGUGAAUCUCUGAACGAAGAAUCGAGCGGAGCGCUCGUCGCAUAUUGCAAAAGAACAAGUCGAAGUCACGACCAGAGAAAACAAGCGCAACAACGACGAGCAUCUUGCCGAAAAUCUCACUGUAAAGAAAAAAACGUCUUUUGUUUCUUUC